CAGCAACUGCAACAAUAGUGUAUCUUAACUGGUUUACAAGUUUAUAUCAAAGAGACACAUAUUUAUCUUAUACAAGGAGUGCAAUGGGUCUUGCAAAAGUGCUGUUGGGCCACCUAACUAAGGAAGCUGGACUUCCCAAAUGUGCCAGAGUCGACUCCGUAGGCUUGGCAAAGCGCCGGUUGGCAGCCAAGGCAGCUCAAGAAGACCGCGAGGAGCUGAUUAUUGUGGAGCCGGACGAGGAAGUUGCAGCGCAAGAUGCAGCAAGCGGGGUCCGCCUUGCUGCAGGAACGUUACCCUCCGGACAAGAUCGAGUGGGCCCGGAAGAUCUGGAUAUGGUGGCUGUCUUCACCAGCUUGGAAAAUCGGCAGCUCAGGGACAGCCUUCGCAUUCACCGAAGACGGUUCCGUCAGAGGAGAGCUUCGGUGGACGACAGUUCGCACCCUCAAGUAGAUGAUGCGGCAAAGCGCUCGAGCUCUAGCAGCGUCGAGUUGGAGCGGCCCCCCAACGCCCAUGUCCGGCACAGCAGAGCUUCAGCUUCUGGCUAUGAAUUAUCUCAGCACAUCCGCGUUCGCCGGGCAUCUGAUGGAGAAUUCCUUUCACGAACAUUCAGCAAAAGUGCUGAAAACGGUCGCCCGAACGCGCUAAAGGCGGUUCAGCUGAAGGCUGAACGCCUUUUCAGGCGCCUGACAGGAAACCUCGUAGAGCAUCCCCGGUCCCGCUCCGUCACUCCCUCGCACGCCGCCUCGCCUCCCCUCACCACCACGAGCCAACGCCACGGCGGCGGCGGUGGCGCCUCUCGCGGCUCCUUCAUGUGGGCCGCCUUCGCGCGCCGUCACACAGGCGAAAUAGACGGCGACGAUCGCGACGAUCCGUCUUCUCCCACU